UGGGGUCGCCUCAUGGGUCCCCCGACCCUGGCUGCCCCCUGACCUCCGCUUUCCCCGCAGUGGUCUGCCAGAACGGAGGCACCUACGACUCCAUCAAGUGCCUCUGCCUCCCCGACUUCUACGGCCCCUUGUGCGAGUUCUUCAGCGACUCCAUCACCACCGAGAUCCCCAUUGAGGGGACGAUCGUGGCUAACGUGGAGCUGGUGGUGACUGUCACCAACUUCAACUACACGGAGGAGCUGCAGGACCCCCGCUCGGAGGCCUAUGAGAGCUUUGAGAAGCAAUUCCGGCAGGAGAUGGCCAAGAUCUACAGCUCCGUGCCCGGCUAUGAGGGCGUGAAGAUCCUCCGCAUUGUGCCGGCGGCCUCCAGCAGGCGGGGAGCCCGGGUGCGCAGGGCCGGGGGAGACUCCGCGUCCUCCCCCGUGGGCACCGGCCUCAACGUGGACCACGAGGUCAUCUUCAGAACCACUGCCAGCCCCAACCUGACCGAGGAGUUCCAGAACAAGACGCAGGAGCUGGUGCAGAAGCUUCGGGAGACUGCCGACAGCCAGAGCAACUGCGAGAAUGACUCCAUCGUCUGCUUCAAGGUGCCACCCAGUCCCAUCAUCAAGAACAUGACGGAGUCCACUUCAUUUGACGCACUGUGCCAGCAGCGGGCACCCGUUGGCUACCAGGACUACUACUAUGCGCAGAACACGAGCAGCACCAUCCGCUGCGUCACCAACUGCACGGCCAACACACCCGGCACCAUGGACUGCCACCAUGGCGAGUGCCGCGUCACCCGCGCCGGGCCACAGUGCUUCUGCCGGGAUGAAUCGCUCUACUGGUACACGGGCACCCAGUGCUCCGGGCGUGUCAGCAAGGUGGCCACCGGGCUGGGGGUGGUGGUCACGGUGCUGCUCGUUGCCUGCAUCGCCCUUGCUGUGCUGCUGGUGAUACGGAAGAAGGGCAGGAAGAGCAACACUUCGGCCACCGCUGAGGAGAGCUGGUAUGAGAACGAAGGUGGCACCCGGACGGCAUCCGAUGGCUUCGUCCUCAACAACAGCAAUGCCACCGACCCAGAUGCAGAUCGCCAGACCCUCACUGCGGCCCCAGUUGUGACCCAGGACCUCCAGGACCUUCUCAAGGAUGCUGAUUCCAAGGACAAUGUUGCCUCCUGCUCACCUCAGUGCCCACCAGCACUUCCAGGACCUUCUCAGUGAUGCUGCUUCCAAGGUCAUCGUUGGCUCCUGCUCAAUGCGGAG